UAAUGGUAUAGACUUGUGAAUUGAAAACGGGUUUUAUAAAGAAACAUAGAUAUAAAUCUUUUUACGCUCCACUAACUUUACUCCUAUGAUUAUAUAAUGCAAUGUAUGGGUAUAUGUAUUCACUUAGAUACAUGCUUACCUGAAAAAUGUUUGGCUUCUCUCCUGGAAAAUUCUUCCUGUGUAUUUUAUUUUUAAUUCAGUGUUACUCGCAACGCAUUCAAGUUAUUUACGAAGGACAGAACGUUGCAUUUUUUUGUAAUGCCACGGGUGGUAUUGAAUCAGAAUAUAUUCAUUACCAGUGGGAAGUUAAUAACAAGGAAUUGAUAGCUACAGAUGCCUAUUUUCACAUCAGGAACAUUCAGAAAAGUGACGAAGGUGAAUACAAAUGUAUUGCGACACAAUAUAUCAACGGAACACCAAUAGUAGCUACAGAAUCUACGUUUAUCAGUGUUCGUAAAGCUGAUUCCAUCAUAACUCAAGAUGUUGAAGAAGGUAUUUUAGUUAGAAUACUAUGUAAUGUAAGCGGAGAUGAUAAACCUGAUGGAGCUGGUCCGUUUCGAUAUGAAUGGCGUAAUCCGAAUGGAACACUGGUCGGAACUCAGUGGAAAUUGGAACUGGGUCAAAUUAAAAUGCACGAGUCGGGUAUAUAUGUGUGUCGUGUAUCUUAUGAAUAUGAUGAGCGUCAAAUGUCAACAAGUUCAGCCACUAAACUCAACGUUAUUCCACGUGCCGGCGUCAUAUUCCCUGGGGUUCGUGGAAAUGUUUUGGAAGUUCGAGAAACAGGUGAUAUCUUACAGGAAUGUCAGGUGAUCAGUGCAAAACCAGCCCAAUAUACUUUCCAAUGGUUUGGUCCAGAUGGUCGAUUAGUAUCAAAUUCUGCUUUACUUCAAAGAGAUUAUGUAACUAGACCACGUGAUGAAGGCAUUUAUCGUUGUGUUGCUACUCCAGUUGAAGAGGGACGAUUACAAGUUGAAAAUCACCUCAUAGUAACAUUGAUACCUCUGCGUUUCCAAAUAACAACUCUGUCAGAAGAUUUAAGUAUUGGAGGUUAUACACAUCGUCGUAUUACACUAGUUGAACCGUCCCAGCCUAAUCUUUCUACUCGUGAGACAUUCACAUAUCAGUGGUUUGAUCCUGCGAUGAGGCCAAUUGUUGAUUCCAUGACACCAGAUUUACGUGUCAACUUCCGUACUCCUUCGGAUUUCGGGAGAUAUUCAGUUCGUAUUACGGGUUUGAAUUCUGGUUAUCAAAGGAAUCUUAGUACAUAUAUAACUCCAGAAGGUCCAAAUGGUGAAGUGGAACCAACUUACUCAGUUGUCAUUCGAGAAGUUUCUGGCCCUCUUUAUUUAAAUGCACGGCUAGAAUUGGAAUGUUCACCGAGACCGCCAAAUUUAGCAGCCAGAAUAAAUUGGCUCGGUCCUGAUGGAAUGGUAGUUUCAGAUUCUAGCAACAUUGUAUUUGAACGAUUUCAACCUCAUCAUCAAGGAAGAUACACCUGUCAGAUUUUAUUGCCUAAUCAAGUUAUUUUACGCCAGAGCGUAGAGCUGGUUGUCUCUGGUACAUCUACUGAAGUUCCUGAGCCUGACAGACGUUAUACGAUAAGAAUAAUUCAGUCGCCUACAUAUUUCAGAUAUAAUGAUGCCGUACAUUUACAGUGUGUUGUUUCUCCUACACCUCCAUUAGUAACUUAUGAAUGGUUUAAAGAUGGUGUUCUAAUUGGAAGGCAGCCAGAUAUUCAUAUACCACGAUUUACUACAGAAGACGUUGGUCGAUAUCAGUGCGUCGCUCGGCUUGACAGCACAGUUCUUACUUUUAACAGUACUAUAUCUAUAGAUGACGGCACAGGGGUGGAUCUGAUAAUGAGACCAAAUGUUAUAUAUAUACCGGCUUUUCACCCAUUUGAGAUUGAAUGUGUAUCCACACGUGCCGGUUUAUCACCUGUUGCCGUAUUUGGAAACGGUGCAGCUAUUGAAUCAGAUAAUCAAUUCACAGUUACAAAACCUGAUAAUCAACGAUUGGUUAUUAGUGCCACAGAUGGUUUAUCAAAUGUUUAUAACGGUUUACGAAUUCGUUGUAUGUUGCCAGGUAUGAAUUAUAAAGAGGUUACACUAUACAUAAUGGAUACGUGUCCGGCUAGUCAGUCACAAUGUAGAACGCGACAAUGUAUUCAAACUUCUCAAGUAUGUGAUGGGAAAGCUGACUGUUCUGAUAAGUCAGAUGAAAGUAGCAGUUUUUGCAAUGCCAGACUUACUGUGAGCCCAACGCGCAUUGUAGUCAGACCUUCGGAACCAUUUUCAUUGAAAUGUCAAGCUAUGCCACCAGUAACCCAAGCUCCACAUGCACGAUUUGUACAUAGUGGGAUGGAUGUGGAAACAGAUCCUCGAUUCGUUGUUGAGCGUCCAUCUGCGGGGAUUUUGCUUAUUAAAGCACCACGAGGUCUGUCAGAGGAAGCAAAUGAUACUAGAAUUGAAUGCUAUUUUCCUGAGGAAAGUCCCAGAACAGCAAUAAUCAACGUGGUUGCUGAUAGAUGUGGACCAGAAUACUACAUGUGUUACGAAGGAUCUUGCAUACCAUUAUCUCAACGGUGUGAUAGGCAACCACAAUGCCCAGAUGGUUCUGACGAAAUUAACUGUGAAGAAAGAAUAACAAUUCGCGUGGAACCAGAUAUUAUUCAAGUUAGACCAUAUGAGAAGUGGUCAUUUGAAUGUUCUGUAAGAGGUAGAGAUGUACAACCGAUUGUUAGUUUUCAAGACGGUAGACUUGUGGAAUCAGAUCCUCGUUUUCGAGUAACACGCAUAGAUCCUAACACUGUAAGAGUUGAAGCUGUUUACGGGUUAACAGAAAAAGAAGAUCGUAUGAAAUUAAUAUGUUCAUUUCCGGGUGGGCCUCAAGGUGAAACUGAAAUUAUUGUUCAACGGUUUUGUCCACGUGGUCAGCUUAUGUGUAUGGAUGGAAGUUGUCGUCCAGAAACUGAUUUCUGCAAUCGUCAAAUAGAUUGUCCAGAUGGUUCAGAUGAGCGACCUCCUCACUGCAGAGAAAGCAUAAAAGUCGAAGUCAAGCCAAGUAUUGUCCAUGUCAAACCUUAUCGGAGCUUUCAGUUUGAGUGCAUUUCAUAUGAACCUGGUGUUAGACCAGAGGCAAGAUUACCGAGUGGUUUGCUGGUGACUCAGGAUCGUCGUUUUAGUGUGGAAUAUCUUUCGCCAACUCACCUUCGAGUAAAUGCAAUAUAUGGUUUAACAGACCGAGAUCAUCCUUUUCAAAUUUACUGUGUAUUUCCUGGAUUGGAAAAUAGAACAGCUGUUAUCGAAAUCGAAAGACCGUGUCCAAGUGGACAAUUUCAGUGUAGAGAUGGUCGGUGUUUACCACGUGAAGCCUUUUGUGACGGGAAACCAGACUGUUCAGACAGUUCAGAUGAGAGUGAACGCUACUGUGCUAUAGACAUAACAGUAACUCCAAGUUCAAUUCGUGUAAUUCCAAAUCAGCAGUUCGAAUUUGAAUGCUCAACAUCAAUUCCAAAUGAAACUCCCCAAGUCACUUUCGAUGACCGUCCUGUAGAACAGGACAAUCGUUUUAUUGUUUCACGUCCAAGACUACAAACGAUUGUUGUGAGAGCACCAUAUGGUUUAAGAGAUUCUGGAGAGCACAGAUUCAAAUGCAUUGUUUCGGGGGCUGUUUCUCGAGAAGUUAGCGUUGAGGUUACAACAGGUUGUCCACCUGGUCAGUCUAGAUGUAAAUCGGGUGAAUGUCUACCAAGAAGAGUAUUUUGUGAUCGAAAACGUGAUUGCCAAGAUGGCUCUGAUGAAGAUCCGAGAUCUUGUAUUCCAUCGGUUACAAUUACACCAUCCACAAUUCAGACAAGAAUAUAUGAAUCUUUCCAGUUCGAGUGUAGAUCAUCUGUGCCAGGAAGUGAACCUCAAGUUUCUUUUGAAGGUUAUCCAGUUGAAGGUGAUCACAGAUUUACAAUUCUCCGUCCAAGCCGUGAACAUGUCAUUGUCCGGGCUCAUGGUGGUAUUGCUGAUCCUGGAAGAUAUUCUUUCAGCUGUACCGUUUUAAGUGGAAUGCCUGGAGAAAUUGUAGUACAAGUUGAUUCAGUAUGUCCGCCUGGUUAUGCCAGAUGCAGAGAUGGAACAUGCAUCCCAGAACAACAGUUUUGCGACAGAAUACCACACUGUCCAGAUAGUUCAGAUGAAGAUAGGCUACGCUGUCCUGAAGUAACUGUUGAUGUAAGAGUACACUUUACUCCUGGUGAAAUACGAGUCCAACCUGGCAGAUCUUUCCGCUUAGAGUGUGUGACUGAUCAACCAGGUACAUCUCCAGUCGUACAGUUUGCCGAUGGAAGACCAAUAACAAGUGAUCGACGAUUUAUAAUUUCUAGGCCUUCAACUGAACGUGCCAUUAUAGAAGUUCCUGCAGGUCUAGACGCUAGAGAAAGACAAGUGAUACUCGAAUGCAUAUCUCCCAGUGGAGAUAGAAAGUCAUCCACUAUAUUUGUGGAACUAGGAUGUCAGCCAGGACAGCGAAGGUGUCCAAGUGGUGAAUGUAUAUUUGUUGGUCAAUUCUGUGAUGGUAAACCUGAUUGUGACGAUGGAUUUGACGAAAGACCUGAAAACUGCGUUUACUGUGACCCAAUAACUAAACCAUGUCAAGUUGUAAACGGUGUACCUCCAAGAGAAGCUACUUAUGAAUUACACUGGAAAUGCGAUGGUGAAAAUGAUUGUGGCAAUGGAUUCGAUGAACUGAAUUGUAUGAACGACACUCGAGUACCUGAUAAAGAAUGUGGCACCACUCAUUUCAGAUGUCGUACAGAUCCAUAUCAAUACUUACCAUUUGCUUACUGGUGCGACGGUGGUCGUGACUGUCGUGGUGGUGAGGACGAAGCUGAUUGCUCUCCACCUACGAUAAUUCAAUCACAGCGUCAAGAGACCCAUAGAGUUCGACCAGGUGGAAGAUUAGUUUUAGAAUGUGAAGCGUCCGGUGUUCCACCUCCUAUGAUCAUUUGGCGUUUCAACUGGAGAUGUCUUCGUGAUGAAACACGUAUGCAUUCUCAAGCUGUUCCUAGUUCCCUUGGAUGCAAAGGUUCAAAAAGUCGUCUGAUCAUUGAAAACUUUAGAGAAGGAGAUGAUGGUAUUUACAAUUGUGAAGCGGUGACUUCAAAAGACAGAGCUAUGUCACAGGAUAUAUUCGUUCUUUUAUCACCUUAGCCGUGUUUACACUUUCAUUUGGUACGAUAGAAUUUUAAUUAAAUAACUAGUUAUAUUAUUUAGCCAUUUCAUUAUAUGGUUUUCAAAUUACUAUUUUAAUUUCUCACCUCAAAAUAGUAAUAUUUUGAAUUUUGCAAUAGUAUAUAUUUAAAUCACUUUGAAAACAGCAUCUUCAUUUAUUUUAAAAUUCAGUUUUUAAUCGUGUUUGUGCACUUAUUUACAGGAAUAUCAAUAUAGUAAUUAUUUACAAA